CUUGCGACUUGGGAAAAGAAACGUCACCCUGGGCAUCGGGGUGAUCUUUUUCCUCAGCCUCACUCUUUCGUUGCUGCUGAGGACAAAGAGAGACCAGGUUUUAUCGCAGGCAAAGUGCCGGAAACUGAAAGGGCUCCUUGGGACUGGAAAUCUGCUGGAAAAGAGUGCGCUCCUUCACAUGAUGGCGAGCGAUGAGAAGCUGAUUCGUAUGGUCGAGAAAUCGCCUGUGCAGAAAGAGGACAGAAAGAUUUUGGAGCACCUGCUGCUGACACAAGAAUGCCCUUGGCAGCCCAAUGUCACUGCACUGGCCCAGUACAGGACAGAACUGGGGGAAUGCUGCAACGCUUCCUUCUGGCUAGCAGUCACCAAGGAAAACACACCUGAGGGGUCGGACAUCCUUUUAGAUGGGCAGAAAGGCAGAAAACUGCCAGUGAACACUCAACUGAUGGAGCUGCUGCAAGAGAGAUCGCCCAUCCCUGCCAUUCUGUAUGACCAGUGUUCGAUUGUGGGCAAUGGAGGGAUCCUCCGGAACAGCAGCUGUGGGCAGGAAAUUGACCGGGCGGAUCUAAUAGUCAGGUUCAACUUGCCUCCUAUGGACUGGCCUGAAGAUGUAGGAACCAAGACCAACUUGGUUACAAUAAAUCCCAGCAUUCUUCAGAAUAAAUUCAAGAAGCUGCUGGCCCACAGGAAGCCUUUUGCAGAUGCCCUACGUCCUUAUGGGAACGCCCUCCUCUUAAUUCCCGCUUUUUCGUUUGUGGGCCACAGUGAGAUCGCUUAUCGGGCUCUGUAUACCAUGGAGGACUUUGGCAUGGGGCGACACGCUUACUUCCUGAAUCCUCACUACCUCAGCACUCUGGGACAAUACUGGAAGGGGCAAAGCUUCCACCCCCAGCGCCUCUCCUCUGGCUUUAUGUUCGUCAACAUGGCCUUGGAGCUUUGCAAGCGCAUCACCCUCUAUGGCUUCUGGCCUUUCCCGCACGACCUGGCCAACCGGAUGAUACCUCACCACUAUUAUGACAACGCGUUGCCCAAGCCCAUACACGCCAUGAGCAACGAGUUCUCACACUAUUUAAAAAUGUACACCCAGGGGGUGCUGCGGUUACGAUUAGGCAAGUGCCAGUGAGAAAUAGGGGAAAUGGACAACUUGGUCAGGUGGAGUCUCCUUCUUUGGUGUGGUGGAGUCUCCUCCUUUGGAGGUUUUUACAGAGAGGCUGGAUGGCCAUCUGUCAGGAGUGCUUGGAUUGUGUGUUCCUGCAUUGCAGGGGGUUGGACUUUGAUGUCAUUUCUGCUCUUGCCCUGUAGAUUCAAGAAGCUGCUGGCCCGCAGGAAGCCUUCUGCAGAUGCCCUACGUCCUUACGGGAAUGCCCUCCUCUUAAUUCCCGCUCGGGGCCUCUUCCAUCUCUAUGGGGCUUU